AUGGGUUUCUGUGAGCUGCGGACAGAGGUCGACAAUGACAGCGAAUUCUCGAAGAGAAGACAAGUUGAGCUUGCGAGGUUCUUGCUGCGGCUGGGAUACGACACGGUCGCUUUCAACGUCUCGGCGACUGGUCUCCUCAAGCCCCAUCACAGAUGUCAGAUCUCAAUCUGCGACAUGAAAGACAUUCUUUCUCCUCAAGACGCCUCCAACCCUCCCCUGCGGGUUGACUCCCGCCCUGUCAUGCAGCAGCUGCUCCGGAUGACUGUGACGGUCGACGACAUUUCUCACCUCCACAUGGUAGACGUAUCGAACGAGAUCGCGUCAGGGUAUCACCUUCUCGCCGUUUGUCCUCUCACGGACAAGGUCUUCGAGCAGUGCUGCAAGUUCUCCAAGGUUGACAUCAUCUCCCUCGACCUUGCCAACCGACUCGCGUUCCCUAUCAAGGCGAUCGAUCGCGGAGUCUUCUUCGAGAUCACCUACGGGCCUUGCCUCAGGGACGCGGGGGCUCGCCGUCAGCUCUUCUCUAACGCCAUGGAGCUGGUGAGAGCAACGCGAGGUCGAAACCUCAUCAUCUCCAGUCAAGCCGAACGCGCCAUGGAGUUGAGGUCGCCGCACGACGUGAUCAGCAUGUCGGAGAUGCUCGGGCUGGGUCAAGGAGGACGAGGGAAACUCUGUCUUGACGCGAACGCGAGCAAGCUGCUGGCACAGGCGAGGAAGAGGAGACGAAAGAGCGGGCAUGCCACCGUCACUUCGACCUCCAAGGUGGACCCGCGGGAACGAUGGUCGAUACCAGGAGGAGGAGAGGAAGAGAGAGCGCGGGGAGGAGGCGAGAAGCAAGACUUCAUCUCCCUUGCUCUCGAAAGCGAUGAGAGUGACUCGGACAAGGUGGAGGGCAACGAAGAGGAGCUGGAGGCAGCAAACGUACCAGAGCAGACGGCCGAGAGCACCGUAGAGGAGAAGGGGGAAGGCACAGACAAGGGGAGGACAGAGGAGAAGAGCUCGAGUCUUUCGCAGGAAAAGAUGGAGAUUUCUCCUGCGGUGAAGGCGUCGGACCGCAAGCGGCCGUUGGAGCAGUCAACAGGAGGAGGCCCGAAGAAAGACAAGAAGAAGAGGAGGUGA